AUGAAGUUCACCUUACCAAAAGAUACGCUCAAUGCGGUCAAGUUGUCCCACGCGUCGCAACAGGCGCUCGUCGAGGAAGCUGCUUCCGUCGCAAGUGAAAUGCUGGCAGCAAACGAGCUGUUUCUUGCCGAGAAGGCAUCGACGCUCGAUCCGCAGCACUGGAAACACGUUCGGACGAAAGACGGCGUGCACGCGUUUCGGCAACGGCAAAAGUCCGUCAACCAACAACAGGCGACCGAGGACAGUACGUGUUCGCCUUUGCUUCAGAGCCCCAUGUGGGGUGGUCGCGAGCGACACGUCAUGUCACGGUACCGCACCGCGAGCGAGACGGACUCAGAAGUCGGAUCGGAUCGACAAGUGUCGGCGUUCACGCCGUCGGGCAUUGUCGAAGACAGUGUCAUGGAAAAGAUGCGACCAUCGGGCGUUCCCAUGAUCGCACUGCAUGGCACGAUCGACGGAUCGCUCGACGACUGCCUGUUUGGGUGCUUUGCACCGACCGACGCCGACUGGAAGCUGCGGUGCGUCCAUAAUAACGAACGGCUCAGUGACACCCGCGUGUUGGCCGUGGUCCAGAAACCAACGGCCGACAACCCGUUCCAGUCUCUGAGUGUCAAGUGGUUCACCAAGGAACACCCGGUCGUGCUCUCGGGCGUCGUCCAGCAACGGGACUUUCUCAUUAUCGAAGCAAUGGGCUUCACGCGCGACCCGCGGGGCGAACAAGUCGGCUACUUUCUCCUCCACUCUGUUGCAUUGCGCAGUGUGCCAGAAUUGACCCACCUCGGCAUCGUACGGGGCGUCAUGAGCUUUUGCCACAUCUUUCGUCAAGGCGGACUCGGUCAAGUCGACGUCUUUAGUCGCGGCUUCUUUGACUGCCGCGGGGCACUGCCCGGUCGCGUCUCGAUCUCCCUCCUGGCCGAAGCGGCCCUAAGCUGUACAAACGUAGUCGACCUCGCCUACAUGAAGAAGCUCCGGUGGUUCAUGGCAAAGCGAGGCAACCACCACCACCACCACCAGCAGCAGCACCACUUGUGCCAUCGUGAGCGAGAGGAUCGACCCCGACCCAGUCGGUGUGAAGCAUGCAGCAGCCACUUCAGUAAGAUACUCCUAUGUGCGCCUGGAUCAGGGACCAAGUGUCAGAUGUGCUAUAGUGUCGUCUGUACAAAGUGCAUUGUGGCCAAGAAGAUCGCCCUGGACGUGCCCGACACUGGCGCUGUCCAGCAAGGCACGUUCAACUUCUGCCUGAACUGCUUCAUGGCAGCGAAGCAACAGUCGAGCUCGGACGUGCUCCGCAGCAGCGUUGCGAGCUCCUCGUUGAAGCGUGCAACGAUUUCGUCGCCGACGUCAAUGCCUCGACCGCGAUUCGUCUCGCAGAACGCACUGUACACACUGGACGGUCAUUUGCAUGCGUCACGUUCGUCAGACGCUCGAAGUGCGCUGCAGGUCCAGAAGGACGCAAUGAAUGCCUCGUUGGCCAAAGUGCCAGCGACCCUGUACAAAUCAAGAAGGGGUCUCAAUGACCACGCGACAAUACCGCAUCGGGCAAAGGGGUCACGCGGUCUGGGCAACAGCUUUGCGUAA